GAUGAAAAUGCGAAGAAAAUCUAGAGCGAGAAAAUAUACUACUAAAAAUAGAGGAGAAACGUCGUCGUCCAGUUCCAUUCUAUCCUCAAGUUACAAACACUCGUCUCUGGCUAGAGCAAAACCAUGGCAGCUUCGUUUCCUCAUCUCUCCCCGUUGGGACUCUCAGCUUCCAAACCUCAACCACUUAAACCACCGUCAACGGCCAGCAUAUUCAGCGUCCCAUCCACCGCCGGUCACUCUUCCAUUCAUACAGAGAAAGCCCAUAUCAAAUGCUCGGCUGGACAGACCGGGUUCUUCACUAAACUUGGGCGUUUAAUCAAAGAAAAAGCCAAAAGCGAUGUGGAGAAGAUCUUCUCCGGAUUCUCUAAGACCAGGAGCAAUUUGGCCGUUGUUGAUGAACUCUUGCUUUACUGGAAUCUCUCUGAUACUGACCGUGUUCUUGAUGAGCUUGAAGAGGCACUAUUGGUGGCAGAUUUUGGCCCCAGAAUUACAAUAAAGAUUGUUGAGAGUCUGCGUGAGGAUAUCUAUGGAGGGAAGCUCAAAUCAGGCAGCGAAAUAAAAGCUGCUUUAAAGAGGAGUAUCUUGGAGUUGUUAACCAGUAAAGGACUGAAAACAGAGUUGCAACUUGGAUUUAGGAAACCGGCUGUGAUAAUGAUAGUUGGUGUCAAUGGGGGUGGGAAGACGACAUCCCUUGGGAAGCUGGCCAAUAGACUGAAGAAAGAAGGUGCAAAGAUAUUACUGGGGGCUGGUGAUACCUUUAGAGCAGCUGCUAGCGAUCAAUUGGAGGUCUGGGCUGAAAGGACAGGCUGUGAGAUUGUAAUGGCUGAAAAAGAGCAUGCCAAGGCAUCUACAGUUCUUUCACAGGCCGUGAAGAAAGGGAAGGAAGAAGGUUAUGAUGUUGUUCUGUGUGACACAUCUGGACGGCUGCACACUAAUUACAGUUUAAUGGAAGAAUUGGUGGCUUGCAAAAAAGCUUUAAGUAAAAUUAUUCCAGGGGCACCAAAUGAAAUACUUCAAGUAUUGGAUGGAACUACUGGUUUGAACAUGCUUCCUCAAGCAAGAGAGUUUAACGAGGUGAUGUUUUUCUCUUUUUAUAUUACGUGAAGAAAUGUUACAUUUAGUUCUCAGUUAACUGAAGCUAACAUUGGAGAGAAUUUGAGAAUGUUGAAUGGGAAGCUCUUCUAAGGAAUGCUCUACAAUAAUCACAGACAUACUCUGUUUAACUUUAAAAUCCAACCUUAGUCGUACUUUAGUUUCUGAUACCUGUAUGAUGUUGUGCUGCAAGUAGUCCUCUGCACCAACAAAUGAAUUUCGCUUCGCUAGAUGAUUUGGUUAAGAUACUAGAAUACUCUAUUUUUUUAUUAGCUGAUCCUAUGUCUUUUCAUUGCCUUAUUAAACAUUACAUCGCCACCUUUUUAUGUUCUGAGGCAUGCUUGUAAUACUGUUAGCGAAUCAUCUUUUAGCUUGUGGGUGGUAGGCACUGUAAGAUUGCUUAUCCUAGUAUGUUUUGUGACUGAAUGAACUUUGCUGGCAGGUGGUUGGAGUUACUGGUUUAAUAUUGACAAAACUUGAUGGAUCAGCAAGAGGUGGCUGUGUGGUAUGCUUGUAUCCCUCAGUUGAAAUUUCUUCAACUUGUUCAUUGGCAUAUUGCUCUCUUUUCUUAUUGAUAAACAUAACCUACAGUAAUCUAACUUGCUAAUGUACGCCUUGAAGGUUAGUGUGGUCGAUGAACUUGGAAUUCCUGUAAAGUUUGUAGGAGUUGGUGAGGGGGUUGAGGAUCUCCAACCUUUUGAUGCAGAGGCAUUUGUGGAUGCAAUAUUUCCUUGAUGCAUGAGGUGCGUGACAUUAACACAACUUAACCUAGUCUGUUUAAGAUACCAGUAAUAUGAAAGAUUUGAAAUUGACAAUCUUAAUUUCAAUUUUUUUAAUUUUUUAAUUUUUUAUUUUUGGUUAAGUCUAAUUUCAGUUUUUUAACAAAAUGGCAACUUUCCCAACUGUGCUUCUGAGUUCUGACAUUACAUUUUCAUGAAUACUUUGAAAGCAAGUCAUACUGCCUGCCAUGUUUCUAUCGGGACAGCUCUCUGAAAUUUUGCCAUGCACUGCUAAAUGUGAUGCAAAUGGAAACAAGCAAUGAUGUAGCAGUUAUAUAAUUUGUUGCUAAGUUUGAAUGUUGUGGUUAGAGUUAUAAAUGAUAUUCUUUUUGUUUACUUUCCUUCUCCGAAUGCAGGAUUCUUUUACAUGCUGAAUUUUGUGGAAGUUAAAACAGCAAUCAGCUUUCGUAUGAUACAAAUGCAAUUUUUAUCCAGUCAAAAGCCCAAACAAGUACCAGGAUCAACAAGAUGGAGACAAAUCCCAUAAUGUGAAAGUCCUUAUUGCCAGUAAUUCCUUCUUUUGUAAAAUGACAGAGCCAAGUCAAAAAAGUAAUAAUCUUUGUACUGGUAUCUGAUUCACAGAGAUAUCAUUCUUUUCCCUUGUCUUGGGGUCAAAAUAGGCGCAUUUGUAUUGCUGAUCUUGAUCAUUUGGCUAUGUAGAACUGUAAAUAGCAGCAGGUAGUGCUUUGAUAUGUAUAAACUUGUUAAACCCCUCCAUUGGAUGAGUUUCUGCCUAAAGCAUAAGCAUGAGGAUUAUGAGUAUUUCCCUGGUUAAGGUUUGCAGCCCUUUGUUAUUCUGGGGAUUGUUAGUUUCCCAGUCCAACUGCUUGAUUUGAUAGAUGAUGACCAGUCAACUACCAUCACAGAUGCUUCAGGCAGCGGUUCGCAGAAAAGAUCAUUACUUUAUUCUCAGUCAUAUACAACUAAACCAGCCACCACAGACCCAAACGGUUCUUCUAAAUUCUUUAUAGAAAUUCUUGCCAGGCCUCUGACACAUUUUUAACACAAAACAGAAUGGUGCUCAUGAAUAGAUCAAAAGAAAACUUUUGCUUGCAUAGUUGUAGGGAAGAGAGUUAACAUAUAUGCAGGUCAAGACCUAUAUGUAAAGGGUACAAAUAUACAAUCGAAGAGAGCUUUCUUUGCUCACAUUAAGCAUAUCACGUCAUUAAAAAGGCCUUAAUAUCUUGUAUCACUUCCAAAAACAACAUGAUUUGCCACGCCAAUUUACUCAUAUCCUCCAUGAUGCGAAAGAAAGCUAUAAUACACAAGCUACUUUUAAAUCUAAAUGGACAUGGUAAAAUGGCAAUGUCAAACAAAAGCUUGCUACUUCUUUGAAUUAAUAUCUCGAGUGCAAUUUUGCAACAUCAAUAUAGCAAGUGGAACCUGCAUGUCUGUACAUCUUGACCUCAAAAUGUAAUCAUAGACUUGCAGGUGGUAGGUGAUAUAAGGUAGCACGAGAAGUGUAAACCAAUUUGCCCGAUUCCUCUAACUUGAACUCAAUAGCAACCACAGUAAGGCUUCUCCCACUUCUUACCACAGAUCCAUCAACAAUCACUUUUGACU